GACACAAAUACGUUGUUGACUCAUGUGUAUUAGUAACCGCCCCGCAUUCCUGAUCAUCAGACGACAAAACUGCAGAAGAAACACACCUCUGUGAGGCUGAUUAUCGACGUUUAAUUCUUAAUUACAACAUUUAUUGUGCUUUUGGACCUAUUUUAGCAUGGGCAAAUCCGUUCUGGACAUGGGGCAGCUGAUUGUCCAGGUGGUGAAGUCAGCGUUAAGCCAGGGCCGGGUGACCUUCGGUCUAUUUGAGUGUGUGGAGGUCCUGGAAAUGUGUCCGGACCAGGUCAUGGUGUGCUUGCUGCCAAAGGUGCAGGACUCCAGCUUCCUCAACCUUAUCAACAUUCAACACAAGCUGAUCGAGGCUCACUGCUGGGAGAACGAGGUCAACCUUGUCAAAGUUGACAGCGCUUCGAAGUUGCUCAAGCUUCUGAACGACGGAAGUCCGGUGUGCAUCGACCGGACGGCGGACCUCAGCUGCCUCCUCGUCGGCUACCCGACGGACGGCAUGACGACGGAGGACCUUCAGGUCACCAAGCUCUCCCACCUCCUCCAGGACGGCUAUGAUACAAUAGCGCUUCCGGACUGAGCGCCGGGGGAGCCGUGCGGUAUCGCCUGUGUAUAUACUACCAUUAUGGGGACAUCAUGCGUUCCUAGGCGUAAGAAUUGUGACACAUGUAAAAUAUGUCACCAUCGAUUAUGAUUUCACGUGAAUAUUUCUCAAUCACAUCAGUCGUGCAGCGGCAUCCACGUGAUCAACGGAAGAGAGCACUUCCGGUAUAUCUUGCGCAGCGUCCGGUUUAUGAUGCGCAAUAAUGAGGUGUAUUUGUGCAUGUUCUCUUCAAAUUUAUUCUGUUUAAGACACUGAACACCAGGAUUAUUAAAUUUGACACGCGAAUAAAAGCAUCGAGACAUGUAAACGUGUACAAUCACACGACACAUAUUGUUAAUGAAUAAGCAAUCCUACCCCUACUCGUACAUUGAAUUGAGAAAAUAUAUAUUCACUUGUGACUAUAAUGUUAUUUGUAUGUUUAUUAGCAUUUCGAAAAUCCAGUCACUCCUGACUAAAGUUUAAGGUUACCCUUAUGCACUCGUAUUUCAAAACAAUGUCACGCGUGCUGAAGUUUACAUGUUUGGAUAAGCAUUUUCCAUGUUUACCAUUUAAAAUAAAUUAUAAACAAAACGUGCAGCCCACGUUGACCUUAAACUUGGAAAUGAAACCGUGCGCUAUUAAAUCUGUAUACAACUGAUUAAACGGCAUUUGUCCAUUCUCUGUGUCUUUAUUUAUAAAAUGCAGACGAUAAACCGUGCAAGGCCAUUUAAAAGCAUUUCGGCUUUAACGCGUUGAACCGCACGUAGACACAUUGAUUAACACUUGGUUUUACUAAAUUUACUACAUGUAUGUUGGCUAUUAAUUAGUUGUUGUUGUUUACUGUACUGAAUAAUUUCCAAUAUGGCGAAGAGAUUUACAGCACCGGGUAUUAUGACCUUCAUUAGGUGAAUUUGUGGUAAUGUCCGUUAUUGCAUUUAAUGAUUCGUCAGUCCAAUGGUGAAUAUUGUGGGAAAUUUCUCGCAGAUUACAAGUCGCAAUUUACAUUCUAUGACUACUACUUACACGAGGAUUCUAACAUUCUUUACGGGUCUAUAAAUAUAGAUUGUUCAGGACACUUUUUUGCAAAAAUCAACUGAAUAGGAUGUUAUAUUCCCUAUAGAAUAAUAUGCGAAUGACCGAGUUAGCCCUUUACCACUUAGAUACGUAAUUUUAGGCAUUUGUAGUCCCUUCGAAAAUAAGAUCAAAUAAAUGACAUUUCUUACUAGAUUCAAGUUUUAAAGGUUUCAGUUGCAACCCUUAGAUACUGAUGAGCAGCAUACAGCAUAAAACCUGAACAGACAAUGAGUAACUCGUAGGCUGUUCUGGUUUUAUGCUGUUUGCACAUAGCUAUUUUCACUUUUCCUCUGAGUGGGAAAGGGUUAAACAGUGUUCCAACAUUACAGGGAACUCAAAUCAAGCAAACGUACAGCAGUGUUAUGCAAUGAGACACGUUCUGUUAAAACUUGGCUCAAUGAAUGUGUGUUAAGUGCCAUCCUAGUUUAGCGUUUGCAGUCUGGGACGACACUUUACGCACAUGCAUUUAGUCCAGUUUACUCAGAAUGCGGUUCUAAUAUUAACCCAUUUAAGCCUAGCGGACUCUCCCAUCCUUCUAAGUUGGAUCAAUUUAUUUCCAAACUUAGGGAUGUCUAGUAUAUUUAUUUCUAUAUUUCGAACAAUUCUUACAGAAAUUCCUUUAAGCAAACAGCGUAGACCCAGAUGAGACGCCGCAUCAUGCGGCGUCUCAUCUGGCUUUACGCUGUUUGCAAUGUCCUUUUUUCAGGACGCUAGGCAUGAAUGAGUUAAGGGGUUUUAAAGAUGCAUCAAGAUAUUGAAUAAUUGGGUAGGAUUAUAUUUUAGUGCAAAAUACUGUUAACGUCAAAGAAAACUUUACAAACAAACUGUGUUUGCAUUUUAUAUAAUUCAUAAUGCAUAAUUUAUAUAAAAAUAAUGUUGUCCAUAAAAACACAAUUACUUACUAUGUGCGUGAUUUUGCGAUAAAAACUUCAAAUCUUUAUAAAUAUUGAUUCUCAGUACGAAAUAGUAACAACAUGACAUUACCACAUACCAUACCGACCAUCGCCUAGGAGGUGGUAGUUUAUUAUUGAUGCAAAUUCGAUGUGAAAUGAAUAUUGCAAACCUGUACUGUUCUCCGAGGCGGGCUGAUUGUCAUAUAUUCGUACACGCUACUUAUGUUAAGUAACUGUACAUGUACAUAAGGACUAUUUAUUAUUUUCGGGAACUGAAAUUUGUAUAAAACGAUUUUACGUCAAUUCAUAGCAUAUUAAUUGGCUUACAUAUACCAUUGCUGCCAUAUACAUGCAUACAUAGACAAUUGUAAAUAUUUAAGUGACACCAUAUAUUUUGAGCAAAAUCGAAUGCCAUUCUAGUGUUUAUGUUGUUGCCAAUUUUGUUGUUGUUCUUACUAUUAUUGUUUUUAUUAGUGUUAUAAUUAUGAUUAUUAUUAUCAUUUGUCUUAAUGACUAUAAUCAUUUAUUUAUAUUACGUUUGUUAGUGUUGCUGUUGUAUUUUAUGUCAAUCUCUACCGCUUGGAUUAAGUGCUGUGCACAACGCUGUAUUAAUUGUUUGUUUCUAUUUAAUUGUGUCUCUUAGUUUCUUACAAUUUUGCUGGUCAAAACCCGUUCGUUUGGUUUGUAUUCACAUUAAAAUCUAACAAAAAUAGAAACAUUUUGUAACACAA